AUGGCCCAACCAAAGCUCAGAAAAAUUGUUAAGACCUAUGAGCCAGCUAAGGAUUUCCCUGGAAAAGUUCUUGAACUGAUCUACUGGAGAGACCCCAAGAAGAGCGCUGUAGCCUUGUCCCUUGUCCUUAUCGCCAUCUUCGUCCUCGGAAAAUAUCCCAUUCUCUCUGUUCUUUCCUACUCUGGAUUGGCCAUCCUUGCCGCCACCUUGGGAUUCCGUGUAUUCAAGGCUGUUGAAGCCCAGAUCAAGAAAACUGGUGGAGAAAACCCCUUCCAAGAGUAUCUCGCCAAGGAUCUCACCCUUCCCCAAGAACGCGUCCAUGCCCAAGUUGAUGUUCUCGUCGAGCACGGUUCUUGCUUGGCCAACCAACUCAAGAAGCUCGUAUUUGUUGAAAACAUUGUUGACAGCGUAAAGUUCGGUCUCCUUCUUUGGUCUCUUACCUACGUUGCUUCAUGGUUCUCCGGAUUCGCCCUUAUCGUUCUCUCUGUUCUCGGAGUUUUCUCUGUCCCAAUCUUCUAUGAGACUUACAAGGAGCCCAUUGAUGCACAACUUGCCGUGAUCUCUGGACACAUCAACAACGUCUCUCAAUUAUUGGAAGAGAAGCUUCCUUUCCUUAAGAAGGCUGAGGUUGCUGCUAAGAAGGAUGAAUGA